AUAGGACUCAUAGCAACAUCCAUCAAUGUUGAGCAGGUAUUCAGCUGUGGAUGCUUACUCCUCUCCCAUGUUAGGUCCUGUCUCUUGGCGCAGUCCACACAGGCAUUUCUGUGCCUCGGAUCCUGGAGUACACUGAAUCUUGUCAAGCCUGAGGAUAUUCACAAAGUCACAAUCCUACCAGAUGUCGAGGGAGAGGAGCAGGAACUGGAGCAUGGAUGGGACAGGAUC